UUAAUGAAUGACAAUCAUUGAGAGAAAUGAUUGAUUGGAAUUAAUGGAAAUUGUAAAUUCUAACCAGAGAAAUAAAAGAAGAAAAAUGGGAAAAAAGAGAGAGAAAAAUGUAGACCAACAUGGAGAAGAGAAAACGAAUCAUCUGUUUAGAAUGUAAACAUUUGCUCUUCUCUCUUUUUCUCUCUCCCUUUGGUCUUUGGAAGAGAAAAGAAUAUUUUUGUUCUGUUCUAUUCUCUUUUCUCUUAAAAUUGCCAAUUUACUUCCAGUUAAUUCUGUUUAUUAAUCUUCGACAAUUAUGGAUAAUAAUCUGUCUUCUAAUUGUUCCCAAUCAACAAAAACUCCAAUUAGUGGAUCCCAUGGAUACACUUAACCCAUGGUUCGGUUACCACAGUUGUCUAUUGAUAAUUUCAUGUUUAAUUGGAUAUUUUGAUUAAUUUUCACUUGAAUUGAAAUCUUUUCAUUGAAAUUUAUCCAUGGAAACUGAACAAUUACAAAAUUUUCUUUACUAAAAUCUUCCCGUUGCUGAUUAUUUUCUGGUUUUCUGGUUGAGAUUUUCUAUCGCCAAAGAUAAUAUAAAUUGGUUGUCGUUGUCUCCCGUUUAGUUGAUUGUCAUGAUACUACAAAAUUCAAGUGUUUCUAUCUUUCACUUGAUAAUAAUCACCAAGAAAAAAAAACCGAUAAUGAGGAAGAAGAAGAAAAAAGUGAGCUGAUAAAUCCAUGUGAUGUGUUUCUCUCAACAUAUUGAAAAGAAUACGUUUUCCUAUCGUCAAGGUUUCUCUCUCAUACUUGUGGAAUCUUUUUAUUUAUUUCUUUUUCAUCUCUGUGUACCUUUAUGUGUGUUCCUUAUUCCAAUCACAACAAUUAGUAAAUCAACUUGUACUAUCAACCAAUUAGGUACAUAGCUUAAAUUAUUUACAGAGCCAUUAAUCUACCAGCGAAACAAUUAAAGCCAGGAGACCAUCAUAACAACAAUAACAUCAAAAGGCCAACCAUCAAGUGUUAUCUUUUAAUACCAAAGACAAUCAACAUCAUCAUCAAUUGUUAAUUGAAAGGAAACAAAGAUUCUGAAACAAUCAGAAUCAAAUGAACUUGACCUCACAUUUAAAGGAAGAAAAGAAAUCAUAUGUUAUACUCCAUUGGUGAAGAUAAUUGAUUCUGUAGAUAGAUAAUUGUUGCUGUUUCCAUUUAACUAACAGAGAUAAUCAAUAAUUAUCUCUGAUUAUUUUAUCUCUUCUUUACCAACAGUAAUUGGAUUGAAUUUGAUUAAUCUUUGUUCUUUGUCUAAACAAGUAAAAUCUAUACACAGACGAUGAUUCCAAUUCCAAGGCCUGGUAAUUGUUUGAAUCGGAUUAGAAUGAAUCUUGGACUAAUUGGACGAGUUAAUCGUUCAUCUUUUAAUCAUGUUAUUAGUGGAUAUCGUUUUUACCAAACUAAAGAUGUUUUCGGCGUUAAACCAUUUGACAAAGAUCGAGCUGCGACCGAGAUGCUAAUCAAACGGAUUGUAACUAAUGAACAAUCAACUUCUUAUCUUACACUUGUCGUUGAUGAAUUUAGAGCUAAAGGUCACUUAUUGGCGGCAACUAACCCGUUAGGCCCAUCAUCGCCUUCAGAACCUAAUCACUCGUCUACUGAGUUGCUGCGUCGUUUUAUUGAACAAUAUCAAGAUGAUCAUCAUACUGAAAUUAACGCCAAUGAUUAUACUAAUUUAAACUUGGGCCGUUGCUCUUUAGGUCAUUUGGUUCGUACCCUUGAAUCGGUUUAUUGUUCAACCGUUGGUGUUGAAUUUAUGCAUCUUAGUGAUCUUGGUGAACGUGAAUGGUUCGCCUCUGAAUGGGAAAAAAUUGGACUCAAUGAGAAUCAUUUAACGGAACAGGAAGCUCAACAAAUGGCCAUAAUACUAAUGAAGUCCGAAUUGUUUGACAAGUUUGUCGCAACCAAAUUCCCUACAGUUAAACGUUAUUCAGCCGAAGGGGCGGAAGCAAUGUUGGUCUCAUUAGAUACAAUUUUACGAACCGCUUGUAACAAAUAUUCAAUCUGGUCUGCAAUCAUCGGGAUGCCACAUCGAGGUCGAUUAAAUUUUCUAGACAUACUACUCAAAUAUCCGGCUGCUACUCAAUUCCGUAAAAUGUCGGGACUGUCAGAAUUUGAUCUGACCAUUGAGAACAUAAAAACCACUGGUGACGUUUUGUCACAUUUAUUCACAACCGUUAGACUCAACUAUGCACCAGAAAAACAGAUCAGUGUCUCAUUGCUUCCUAAUCCAUCUCAUUUGGAGGCCGUUUCUCCGGUGGUCAUGGGUAAAGCGCGGUCUAAAGCAAUGCGAUGGAAAGAGGGCUCGUAUGGUCUUGAUAACAAAGAAUCGGCCAUUUUACCAAUCCAAAUUCAUGGUGAUGCCGCUUUCUCAGGUCAAGGGGUGAUCAUGGAAACGUUGGCUCUCUCAGGAACUCCUAAUUUCACCGUUAACGGAUCACUUCAUUUGAUUGUUAACAAUUCGAUUGGCUAUACUACACCAGGUCAGGUGGUUGGUCGAUCAUCGGCCUAUUGUAGUGAUGUGAUAAAAAUGAUCGAUGCUCCAUGUAUCCAUGUGAACGGCGAUUGUCCUGAGGAUGUGAUUAAAGUGUCCAAAUUAGCUCUCAAAUAUCGACAAACUUUUUGUAAAGAUAUUGCUAUUGAUUUAUCCUGUUUCCGUCGUUGGGGCCACAAUGAGCUUGACGACCCAACAAUGACCAAUCCUGUUAUGUACAAAUGGAUACACUCACGUUCAUCAACAAUGCCAACCACUGUGAGUGACAAAUAUUUACCCGCUGAGGUUAAAGAAAGCGAGAGUAAAAAAUAUUGGGACAGUUUAAAUGAUGCACAUAAAAGUCGAGAGUCUUAUGUGGCGGAUAAUGGUGAUCUUCAAGGUGUCUGGUCAUCAUGUGUCCGACCAGGAGUCAAUGUAAUUACCACUUGGGAUACCGGUGUUCCACUUGACGUCCUUUCCUAUGUCGGACAUCAAUCGGUCACCAUUCCUGAAGGAUUUAAUCUUCACCCUAAUUUAGCAAAAGUUUUGGUCUCCGAUAGAUUGAAACGAUUACAAUCACCAGUGAACGAGCCUUCAAUUGAUUGGUCAACAAGUGAAACCCUUGCCUUGGGCUCUUUACUUUAUCAGGGAAUCAAUGUCCGUCUUUCUGGUCAAGAUGUUGGCCGAGGUACUUUUUCUCAGCGUCAUGCAAUGUUGGUUGAUCAAACUUCGGGCAAACUUUACAUUCCAUUGAACAAUUUAUCUUCCUCCCUCUCACCUUCAACAAGUAACCCAUUGGGCUCACUUGAAGUGGCUAAUUCAAUACUCUCAGAGGAAGCGGUUCUUGCAUUUGAAUAUGGUUUCAGUGUCGAUUCACCCAAUAAUAUGGUCCUUUGGGAAGCUCAAUUUGGGGACUUUUUCAAUGGAGCCCAAAUUAUUUUGGACACUUUUGUUUCCUCAGGCGAAGCUAAAUGGCUUCUCCAAAGUGGCCUGACCAUUUUACUUCCUCAUGGUUAUGAUGGCGCUGGACCUGAACACUCAUCCUGCCGAUUGGAAAGAUUCCUUCAAAUGUCUGACUCAUCGGAAACUGGAUUAACUGGUGAUGCAGUUAAUUGGUCCAUUGCCAAUGUAACUACUCCCGCUCAAUAUUUUCAUCUUCUUCGUCGUCAAAUGAUUCGCAAUUACCGUAAACCACUAGUACUCGCCUCACCUAAACUACUCUUACGACAUCCUGCCUGUGUCUCACCUUUAAACACUUUUGGACCAGGUAAUCAUUUCCAAUCGAUACUUCCUGAUCCACGUAAUCCUUUAUCUCCUCAACGGAUUAUCUUUUGCUCGGGAAAACAUUAUUACACUUUAGACGAAGAGAGAGUUAAUCGUAAAUUAGUAAACAAGGUUAUUAUCAUACGACUUGAAGAAUUAUCUCCAUUCCCAACAAUCCAAAUUAGUAAACAAUUAAGUAAAUUAUCAAACAUAAAAGAUAUUGUUUGGAGUCAAGAGGAACACAGAAACAUGGGAGCUUGGACUUACAUUAAACCUCGAUUUGAAAACAAUUUAGGAAUCAAGAUUAAAUAUGCUGGACGAGAUGUUUCCAGUGUUCCUGCAGUUGGAAUCGGUGCCAUUUAUAAACAACAAUCAAAAUCAAUUGUUGAUCAAACAUUUGAAGGACUUUAAACAUAAUCAACUAAGGGUCAUAAACACACACAGGAAACAAUUAAAUUAAAUGUUGCCAAAAACUAACAAGAGCCACGAGAAAAAAAAAUCAACUUGCAAAUGAUCAAGUAUUUUUUGUUUCUUGAUCGACAAUUAAAUUGUAUUUUUUUUUACUAUUAAUCGCAAUUGUUUUCCUGUAAUUAGAAAGACAACUUUUUCAUUUAAUUGAUUGUGAUCAUUUUUUCAAACGAUUUUGCUAUAAUGAUCCCCACAAUCAAUUAAUUUUUAUAUAUAUAUAAAUGAUUUGUAAUGAAAUGUAACUGUAAAGUUAAUUGUUGUUUACUUUAAUCAAUUUAUUAGUUUAAAUUGUUAUAGUUGUUGACUGUCAAGUCUUAAUUGAAAUAUUUAUAAUAUAUUUUGUAGACAAUGUUGUUUGUAUUUUUAUUUAUAUGUGUGUUUGGUUGUUGUGUCUACUAACAAAACGUAUAGAUUGUAUAAUUAAUUGUUGUCUUUUUAUAUCAUAAUAUAAUUAAUAUCAAAAUUUGUCAAAGAAAAAUUAAUAACAAUAAUAUAAUCAAAAAGAAAGAUGAAGAGAGAGGGAAAAGUUAUAAUCCUGAUGACACAGGAAAAAAGA